AUGUGCUAUAGACGGUCACGCGGAUACCCCCUCCAGUACAUUCUCGGCGACCAACCGUUUGGAAAUCUGGAGAUUCUAUGCCGGCCCGGCGUGUUGAUACCAAGGUUUGAUCGUUCCGCCACACCAUUGUGCAGAGUUGCUGACCUGGCUCAUAGGUCAGAUACCGAGGCUUAUGCAUACCAGGCAGCAAAGCUAGUAGUGGACCAAGUGGCUAUACCCCAGGAGGCGCAGGAGGGGCAACAGGGUGAAGAACGCCCCGAUUCGCUCCAUGGGUCUAAGCCACUGCAGAUAUUGGAUCUUUGCACCGGCACGGGCUGCAUAGCGCUCUUGGUCCAUACCCUUCUCGCCCCACGGUUCGAACGAAUGCGAAUCAUUGGAAUUGAUAUUAGUCCCAAAGCUUUGAGCCUAGCCCGCCAGAACCUCGACUACAACCUGCACCGAGGCUUGCUGGGUCAACGCGCAUCGACAGAAAUCCAAUUCCAUCGCGCGGAUGUUCUCGGACCGGGCGACGACCUCACUCCGAACGUGGAGAAGAUCGCAUCUGAGUAUCUCGAUCCCGCCGAAGAAUCGGAUGGAGCACCCCCGCGGCCUAGAUGUGACCUACUUAUUUCGAAUCCGCCCUAUAUUUCCACAUCCGACUUCCGCAAUGGCACAACGUCGCGAAGUGUGCGGCUUUUCGAGCCCAAGCUGGCCCUAGUACCCCCGACAAAUAACUGUCCCUCGGGUGAUGAACAUAGUCGCCCUGAAGAUGUAUUUUAUACCCGUAUACUUGCACUGUCAUUGAAAAUGCAAACCAAAAUCACCGUACUCGAAUGUGGUGAUAUCAAGCAGGCCGAACGAGUGGUAGCGAUACAUACCUCAAUGACCACGGAGAAUCCCGACGUCUUCGAAACAGAGAUAUGGCCGAGCACUGAACAAGACAUGUCAAGUCACGGAUUCCAUCCUCAUCAAGGAUCCCGGUGCGUGAUCAUUCAAAGGCGACAAAAUUGA